GAGCGUCAGUAGUUGUGUAACGUAGGGGGGAGGAGGUGCACACUGCAAAAUGGUAGAUAGUGCACACCAUAACAACGUAGUCUCUGCUGCCAGAGAUGUGUAAUUGCUUUCUGUUUCUUUCUGAAUGUUAAUAGGAAGAAAGUAUACAGAGCACUUCUCUUGAAUAAAUAAACGAACGUUGUGAUCACAUUGGAAUGUGUGGGUGAUGAAACGUUACAAUGAAUAUUAAGAUCAAGACAGGAACAACAACUAGUUAGGAUAUUCUAUCAAAAAGAGAAAUUAUCUUUCCUGUCACGAUGACUACGUCUUCGGGCAUGUCGCUUUCUUCCGAACACGUCCAGAGACUCUUGCAGUGUGCAGUGUGUCUGGAAAGAUUCAAACAGCCAAAAAUUUUACCUUGCCAGCACACAUUUUGUCUCACCCCAUGCCUGGAAGGGCUAGUGGACCGCAGAACUCGAUCUAUUCGUUGUCCGGAGUGCAGAGCUGACCACUUCGUCCCCAGGAAUGGCCCUGCUAGUUUUCCCAACAAUCUUACAGUGAUUGGUUUUUUAGAACUCGCUGGCCCAGCUGGCGAGGCCGUGGAGAACAUGUCGAGAAAUCAGGUGGUAGAGACGCUUCAUCAAAGUUCCAGAGUCUCGGAGCUCCGACGACCCCAGAGAGUCUCCAGCCCCCAACAGAACGUGCAGGAGUCUGCCGCAGCAGACGGCAGUGGGUGCGCUGUGUGUCGUGGCGAAGGCAGAGUCUCGCGCUGCUGUCACUGUGAUCAACUGGUCUGUGAGGAGUGUCGUCACUUUCACAUGCAGCAAGUCAAGGCCGAUGUUACGAGAAUGAUAAGUCAAGUGAGACGUGGAUUGCCGCAUAUAUCGGAACAAAUUAUUGCCGUGGGAAGAAAAAGCUCACAGCUACAAUCUAACUGCGAACACGUGAAAUCUGACAUCUCGGAAGCCCUUGAUAAGCACAUCAGAGAACUAAAGGCACGGGAGAGAACUCUCAGGGAAGACGUGGACAACUUUUUAGCUGGAGAGUUGCGCAACCUGCGAGCGUAUCAAGAAAACGCCGAAGUGGAGAUAGCCAGUCUAUCAAGUUUUUGUGACUCUGUCGAGUCCGUCCUCAGCAUGAGCCGGCCUAUCCCAGAUGGCGACUUGGUUGAAAUGAGAGGUCAGUGCCAGGAACACUUAGAGAGUGUGCAAUGCUACGAGGACGGCACUAUACGACCGCCGAACGUUAAGAUGAUUCAAGCUUCUCUGGAAAGUCCUUUUCUGUCAUCGACCAUCAGCAAUUACGGCGAUCUCAUCAUAACAUCACGGGCUGCCCCUUUGCGACAAACCCCAGAUGACGACCCCUAUGGAAGAACACCUUUGCCGUAUCUUCCGGCUAUUAACUACAACGAAGGCAGCAGCGGUUUCUCUGUGGGGCUGCAAACCGAAAGCAGGCUGGCAGCAUCUCCUGCAAUGUCGCCAGGGACUUCUAGACGGUUGUUGCUCCGCGCAUCCGACACGUCGGGAUUUGAUGAUGGUUAUCAAAGUGAAACCAGGGCGAUAUCACCAUUUCUGGCAGCACCAAGAACACAAGCUUCAUCUCCGAAUAGAGCAUCGCAAGUUCGUUUCGAAGAGGAGUCGCGCAUGGGUGAUUCAGGAUGGGCCAAUCAAGGUUCACAAACUCACAGAAGAAGUCGAUAUGAUCGUCGAUCGGAUACUCGGCUUGCUUCGCUUGCUUCCGUUCGAGGUCCAGCCUCCUCUCAGCAGGCCAUAGACCGCACACGUCACCUGAGCCUCGUGACCCUGCCGGUGACAAGCGAAUUUGACUCGGAGCCAGAAGACAGCGAGACCGCGGUCGGGCGGCUCAUCGUCACUCCCAACAGACAAGAAGGAAGAGACGACCACGUCGGAGGUUUACCACACGCGGCAUCGUUUCCAGGAGCGCGUUCUUUUAACUUUCUCCCUCCUGUGCUAAGAAUUUCCGCUGCAGUGCGGGAAGAUGACGAGUCCCCCCGUGAACCGACCCCGGAGUUCAACAGCAACAGCCCAAGUCUCUACGUCAGCACCCCUAGAAACAAAUACAACCAAAAGGGCACCGCGCUGGUGCGUUUCGGGCAGCGGGGAAGUGACAUAGCACAAUUUACCUGGCCCAGGGGCGUGUCCGUCUCCCCGAUGGACGACAGCAUCUACGUAGCCGACAGCAGCAACCACAGGGUCCAGGUGUUCGACAGCACCGGGAAAUUUCUGAAGACCUUUGGUCAGCAUGGGCAAGGUGAGGGUGACUUUGAUUGUCUGGCGGGCGUGGCUAUCAACGGUUUAGGCCAAGUUAUCAUCGCGGAUAGAUACAAUCACAGAAUUCAAAUAUUUGAUCGUUGCGGACGCUUCCAGAAUGCUUUUGGUAGCGAAGGGUCAGGAGAAGGGCAGCUGAACUACCCCUGGGGCUUAGCCUGUGACAAUAUGGGCUUUAUCUACGUCUGCAAUAAAGAAAAUCACCGCGUACAGGUCUUCCAGUCCAACGGAACGUACGUUCGCAUGUUCGGACGUUUAGGCACCAGGCCUGGAGAGUUUGAGAACCCUCACUACAUAGCUGUAAGUCCGGACAAUAAGGUCUAUGUUAGCGACAGCAGCAACCACAGGGUACAAGUGUUUAGCAUGUACGGAGACUUCCUGUUUACGUUUGGUACUUGCGGGGCCCUGCGUGGACAGAUGAAGUUUCCCAGAGGCAUAGCAGUGGACAAUCAGGGCUUUGUCGUUGUGGCAGACAGCGGAAACAACCGUGUGCAAAUCUUCCGAGCCGACGGACGAUUCUACUCUAUGUUUGGGGGCUGGGGAAAUGAAAACGGACAAUUCAAAGGCUUAGAAGGUUUGGCUAUUCUGACAAACGGCAAUAUAGUGGUCAGUGAUAGAGAAAAUCAUCGCAUACAGAUCUUUUAAAUGUCUACAAAGGAAUUUUUUUCCAUGUUCAGUUGCUAAUAUGAUCUGUUAACUAAUAACUUUUGUGUAGGAGCGGGGGUGAUCUUAAUGUUUUCUUAAGUUGUUUUUUUUUAAUAAAGCAUAUUUAAUGUUUUCCUUAAGUGGAAAAAAGUUAAGAAAUCUUACGUAAAAUUGUGUACGCAUUUGGAUGUCAAUAAUAUAUUAACAACCUAAAAAUGGAAAACACAUUUUUUUUUUUUGUAGUUCAACUACAUUUAAAUGUGAUGUCACUAUAACAAUAUGCAGCCAAUACUCGCAAUUAAUAUUUGUGUUAAGGGCUUGACUGGUAAAUCGCAAGUAAGCUGGUGAACGAGUCUGUACAUAAAUUGUCAAAUAAGUAUUCAUUUUUUUUAGAUUUUUAGCUUAACAUUAUGUAGAUGUUUUCAAUGGAUGCAUCUCCCAAUGUUUGUACCUGGUAUAAUAAAGUUUGGUAUCAUUGUAAACUUACUAGUAUAUACAAUCUUCGAACAGUAUUUUUUUUUUACAUCUAAUAAAUUUGACGUUUUUUCCUUUA